CCCAUCGUCGAGACGCCGGGGACGGAGGGAGUGGUCUUCACUUUUCAGCUCCCGGACAACACUUCGAGGGAGGUUACGUUCAAGGCGAAGCCAUUGGGUUUGGAUUUCAGCAAAGCGGUGCCCAUGACCGUGAAAGCGGUGAAGAAGGAUUCCUUCGCAGACCAGCUCCAAAUCCAGCCCAAGUGGAUCAUCACACAUGUCCAACGCAAGCCGAUGCCGGUGGAGUUGAGAGAUGCCAUGAAGACCAUUUUGCAAGAAGUGAAGGACUUGCCUCAGCAGUGA